UGUGAACGUUAGAACUAUUAGUCUUGCACAUGAUGUGGCUGCAGGUCGUCUCGUGGGUUACCUAACCAGCAUCUCUGAGCUCAUGGAGAGACACAAUCACCACAUGACCGACCCCACAGUAUGACCCCUGGGCCUAAAGACCGUCUUAAUCCUGUUGAUGGAUUAGAGCGAUAUUCUGAUCCUUUGCCGGUGAGACGGACGACAUAAGUUCAUUCACUCAACCAAUCAGAAGGAGCAGCAGUCAGUUAAUGCCGCUGUGUACGUGUACUUGUGUGAGUUCUACUCUCAUCCAUUCAAGCUCAGCAGACCAGAGAGGAGGACAACAUCCUGAACCUUCCAAAAUACAGAUACCUGUUCAACCAUCUUCCAGGAUGUUCUCCCAAUAUAAAAUCAUCUUGUUGAUGAACUGCCUGCUACUCCUGACUGUGAUGUUUCCUGCGGUCCAGUCACGUCGGGGCGGGGGCUUUGGCCGUGGGGGAGGCCGGGGUGGAGGAUGGGGUGGAAGCAGCGCCGGACGCACGGGAUGGGGAGGAGGCGGUGGACAUUACCAUGCCCCACCAGUCCAUACCGGAGGCUCUUCGGGACACAGUACAGGGAAGGUAGCAGGGGCAGCCGCCGCCGGAGCUCUAGGGGGAAUGCUGGUCGGACACGGCUUGAGCUCCUUGGCCCAACCUGGAUAUGGCUACGGGCAUGGCUAUGGAGGUUAUGGAGGCUACGGUGCAGGGUAUGGGCAUGGCCACGGCCACGGACACGGACAUGGGCACGGACACGAAGGACAUGGUGGUGAGCAUUCAAGAGAUCAUGUUCACAAUGAGACAGAUGUGGAUUAUUACACAGAUGCUGCUAGUUCUGGACCUAUUUAUAGCUGCCUGACAGUUUUUGGACUUGUGAUGUCAUUCUUACUUGGGUACAUUCUGUUAUAAAGGACACUUUGGCACAAUGACAUAGGUCAGUCUUGGGUACCUUCUUACAUCUGCCACUUCUUUCAAUACAAAAAUAAUCAAACAAAAUAAAAAAAAAUGUGUGACAGACGCAGCAUUAAAACAUGGAGUAAAAUAAAGAACAACUAAACCACUAUCAAGGAUUUCAUUACACCUG